AUGCCGUCGUCGUUUAAGUCAUCAAGAAAAACCCGUAGCGAUACGUCGCAGAUCAAGUCGCGUCUUGAGGACUAUAUGGAUGCAGAGGACCUUGCCGAGUAUCGCCAAUUGCAAACGACGUCCGAGUAUGCGGACCAAGGACCCGAGACCAAUGAUCCAUUCCUUCGUCUUUUGUCGAACUCAUCCUCUCACCUCCAAGCCGGCUCUUCACAAAAAGGCCAGGCCAUCAUGCAGCUGAUGGGAUGGAAACCGGGCCAGGGGAUCGGCCCCCUUGUCUCUGGCGAUCAGCGUGCACAACUCAUCGAUUUGCUGGAACGCAUGCAUCUCGCAUCUCCCAGCUUACUCCAGACGAAGCACGCAGCUCCUCAUGACGAGGCUCGACGAUACAAAUUUCCUCCGCCUGACACACACAUGUACGAGCCACCCAAAGACCGACGGCAGUCUCUUGGUGUUGAAUCGUCCUCAAGCCGUUCCGAUGCUCUGCAACUUGCUUUGCAGCAGUACCAUCGCGCGCAAGGCCAGCAACGACGGCCUCAGAUCGGUGCGGCUGGCAUGGACUCUGAUGAUGAAGAUCAUGUGUAUGCGCCCGGUCCGUCCAUGCAAGACUCGACUCUCGCCUACACAGAACAAGACUCCGCCACGCUCGUCGAAGACACGGAGCCUCCCAAACCAGCCACACAAGCCAAAACUCACACGCCUGCAGUUUCUGGCUCUGUUACCUGGCACGAUGGGCGGCCUCUGCCUCCAGGCUUUGUUCUAGCCAAAGAGCCACUUCCCACGGAACGCAUCUGGAAUCCACCUCCCGUUCCGAGCAAUUGGGUACCUGAUCCGCACCGUGUGUGGCUAUCAAAGCGGUCAGAUCCAUCAAACGCUUCAAAUGCUUCGCGACCCUCAAAUGCCAAUGAUCGACGUGCGAUCCUUGGCGAGGCACCGCCCCCAGGACCGCCGCCUAUGAUCACUGAGUAUAUCAAGGUCAAAGCACCAUCCAGCGAUACAUCACAUCUGGAAUCUCCCGCAGCCCGUGUCACAUCACCUAAACAGCUCAAAAUCCAUCCACUCGAUCCUGUAACGGCUCGGCGUGCUCUUGCAGCUUUUCGUGGCACGGGAAAAGAUCCACGCAAGGACCAAAGAUACCAGGCGUAUGUGGCCUCUUUUCUUGAAGGGCCUGUAUAUCUGCCACCGAAAGGCGUCGCACUGGAUGCACAACAAGACGAAGUGGAUGAAUUCUAUCAAACUGCCUGUCGUCAUAGACCUGUCCAUGGCGACAUGGCACAUCGGUUCACCUCCAGCACGUUUCUGCAAGAUGAAAGCGUUGGCGUCCAGGGCGGUCUCCAACAUGCCUCCGAACUGCAGAACCAUGCACAGAAACAUGCAUCCCAAGCCUUGGAAUCAGUGCCACAGACAAUGGAAUCCGAGCCUCCGUCGGCUGCUGUGCGUGCCGCGAGAAAUGGUGAGUUCGGUGCACUGACGCGUCACGUCGGUGUAUUUUACCCUCCGCACCUAUUAUGCAAACGGCAUGGCGUGCCAGAUCCGCACCCAGAACGUGAUGCCGAUAGCGAUGACCUCGACCCAACCGACUUGCCAGACUCAAACGAUCGUCUCUCAAAUGUUCCAGGUGCACCAGGCACUUCUUCUUCCUGGUCGUCGACUACCACUUCCACCACUCUCACUCCCAUGUCUUCUGAGGUGGACGAUACACCUGGAAUUGCGUUUGCACCUAUGUCUCAAGAACUCGAGACUGCGAUGGAGCGUGAAAUGCAGGCAUCUCGGCCUCCUAUGGAUUUAUUUAAAGCCGUAUUUCAGUCGGAUGAUGACGAUGAUGACAAUGUCGAAGAUGAUCGAUCAGAUCGGAACAAGAAUUCUGACUCCGCUGGAAUGCGAAGCCGGCAAAGUGAGACUACCACCCAUGUCACGUUCACACACAAAAGAGCUGCGUCUGGUCCUAAGAAGAAGAAGCGCGAACGUGCUGGGCCCCUAACAUUUAGUAUGGAAGACGACGUCGAUGCUAAUGAUACCUCUGUUACCAACAAAGUGCCCCGCCGUUGUCAUCGAUCAUCUCAUGCUUCCAACGUGUAG